AGUCCGCGCCGCGACACAGCGCCGCCGCCGCCGACGCCGCUACCCGCAUAGCCGUAGCCGGCGCUCCGCCCAACAGACACGCUCCCGGCGCCUCUAUCCCUGGUCUGGCUGAGACGCGGGCCGCUGGCACGACGGCUGACAGCUGAAGGCGGCGCACACUUGCUGCUGCUGCGGGCAGCCUCCUAACCGGCCGUGGAACGGCCGCCAGCGUUGGUCAUCUCGACACUGCUGACAAGGAUUCUUGAACCGUAAGGUGACGCCGAACCCGUCCAGACGAUUCAGUCCGCGCACAUCUCAACUGUACAACGAGAGAGAAGGCUAAGCGGAUCGUCACACCACUGCCUGACGGAGAGCAGCUACCAGCGGCAGGUGUCUACGGGCGCCCGGGGGCCUGAGUACGCGAGUAGCAUGCGCCUGCUGCUGCUGCCUCUAGUCCAGCGCUGUUGACGACAGAGAGCCCGUGAGGCGCAGGAUGGGGAUGUGGCGGUGGCGCGUGAGCGUGGCGCUGGUGGCGUGGCUGGUGGCGGGCGGCGGCAGCGCUCGCGGCCGCCACCACCUGUCGGCGCUGCGGCAGCGCGACGCCAGCGCCAGCGGCGAGGACCUGCACCUUGACCUCGACCUUGACCACGACCCGCAGCCGCCGCAGGCGCCGCAGCAGCCGCUGUCGGGCAGCGCGCGCCGGCACCCCGAGGACGACCCGCUCGUCGUGCAGACCACCAAGGGCAAGGUUCGCGGCGUAACGCUGGCUGCGACGACGGGAAAGCUGGUGGACGUGUGGAUGGGAAUCCCAUACGCGCAGAAGCCCGUGGGGCCACUCAGGUUCCGCCAUCCAAGGCCAGUGGACCGCUGGGACACCAACGGCGAGAUCCUCAACACCACCACUCCUCCUAACAGCUGCGUCCAGAUCAUCGACACGGUGUUCGGUGACUUCCCGGGCUCGGUCAUCUGGAACCCCAACACGCAGUUGUCGGAGGACUGCCUCUACAUCAACGUGGUGGCGCCGAAACCGCGGCCGCGCAACGCCGCCGUCAUGGUGUGGAUCUUCGGCGGCGGCUUCUACUCGGGCACGGCCACGCUCGACGUGUACGACCACAAGACGCUCGUGUCCGAGGAGAACGUGAUCCUGGUGUCGAUGCAGUACCGCGUCGCGUCGCUGGGCUUCCUCUUCUUCGACACGAGCGACGUGCCGGGCAACGCGGGGCUCUUCGACCAGCUGAUGGCGCUCCAGUGGGUGCACGACAACAUCCACUACUUCGGCGGCAACCCGCACAACGUGACGCUGUUCGGCGAGUCGGCCGGCGCCGUCUCUGUCAGCAUCCACCUGCUGAGCCCCCUCAGCAGAAACCUCUUCUCACAGGCCAUAAUGCAGUCCGGCUCGCCGACCGCGCCGUGGGCCAUAAUCGACCGCGAGGAGUCGAUUCUGCGCGGGCUGCGGCUGGCCGAGGCGGUGGGCUGCCCGCACACCAAGGCGGAGAUGCCGUCCGUCAUCGACUGCCUGCGCCGCAAGAACGCCACCGAGCUCGUCAACAACGAGUGGGGCACGCUCGGCAUCUGCGAGUUCCCCUUCGUGCCCAUCAUCGACGGCGCCAUCCUCGACGAGACUCCCCAGCGCUCGCUGGCGGCCAAGAACUUCAAGAAGACCAACAUCAUGAUGGGCAGCAACACCGAAGAGGGGUACUACUUCAUCAUCUACUACCUGACGGAGCUGUUCCGCAAGGAGGAGGACGUGUACGUGAGCCGCGACGAGUACCUCAAGGCGGUGCGGGAGCUCAACCCGUACGUCAACAACGUGGCGCGCCAGGCGAUCGUCUUCGAGUACACCGACUGGGCCAACCCGGACGACCCGAUCGGCAACCGCGACGCCCUGGACAAGAUGGUGGGCGACUACCACUUCACGUGCAACGUGAACGAGUUCGCGCACCGCUACGCGGAGACGGGCAACAACGUGUACAUGUACUACUUCAAGCACCGCUCCGCCGGCAACCCGUGGCCCUCGUGGACGGGCGUCAUGCACGGCGACGAGAUCAACUACGUGUUCGGCGAGCCGCUGGACCCGCGCAAGGGCUACACGCCGCACGAGGUCGAGCUGAGUCGCCGCAUGAUGCGCUACUGGGCCAACUUCGCCAAGACGGGGAACCCCAGCAAAUCGGAGGACGGUACGUGGACGGCCACUUACUGGCCGGUGCACACGGCGUACGGCCGCGAGUUCCUCACGCUGGCCAUCAACUCCAGCGAGACGGGGCGCGGGCCGCGGCUCAAGCAGUGUGCCUUCUGGAAGAAGUAUCUACCUCAGCUGAUCGCCAUGACCACACCGCAGCCAGCCCCGGAGCCACCUGCCUGUUCGACCAAUAGCACCGCAGCGGCUAUGCAACCCGCGUGGCGCGGCUGGGGCGUAGUGUGGCGUUGGCGCUGGGACGUCGCGACGCAGCUUCCGCUGGCGGCCACAGUGGCGCUGGCGGCGCUCCUGCGCCAGCACGCCGCGCACGUGUAGUCGGCCACGCGAAGACGACGCCGACGCCGACGCCGACGCCACGUCUCUGUGAGCGGUCGCCGCCGACGCACUCCCAUCGGGCCCUGUUCUUCCGUGAGGCGGCAGUGUGAGGGGGUUUACGUACACAACACACACACACACACAUUCGUACAAAAUGUAACGUCUCACUUUUAACGAACACUUAUUUUUAUCUUGCAGAGAAAGUUGUAUUCAGGUUCUUGAGUAUAGGUGCAUCGGUUUAAAGCACGACGUACCUCGUAGUGCAUAGUUAAUUGUGUACUGGGAAAGGCUGUAAGCUCACUUCGAACGUCCACAUUGUAGAUGUGCAGCGGAAGAGAGACAAAAGACGUCUUGAGCACAAUAGUAGCCGUCGUGUGAGGCCUAGUUGUAGCUGCAAAGUGAGAAGUGGAGGCCUAAUCGAAACGUGUUCGUUUCCAAGUUCGGACUGCGUGUAAAAUUUUUAAGAACUGGUUCUGUUAUUUAGCCUUCAGUGUGGGCGACGCCAGAGCGAAAUGUGUGCGAUUCCACGAAAUUUGUGGCAGUCUGUAGAGCGUAAUUUUGUACGCGUAGCUGUCGCUUUCAUGUUAGGUCACCUCCGCUGCUGCGGGCGUUAGCGUAGACGUAUUGAUAAACAUUUAUUCUCAGUUCAACCCCCAAAAACCUAGCAUCUGUUACUAAGGGACCGCCGCACUGUCGGCUGGUUUAUUCAAAAAUUCCGAUCAAUUAUGAUUACGGUAAAAAUGAAAUUGCGAAACAAAGAACCUUCUGCUCCUCCUGAUCCUUUAAUCAUUAAGAAAAGUGCUUGAUCAAUCAAACAAGGCUGUCGUAUCUGUAUGUCAAAGAUUGUUUGUGCAGUAUAUACGCCAUGUAAAUACUGUUAGCACAGAUGAGCAUUUCACAGAUAUCCAUAAUGUUAAUCUCCUGAUUCUAUCACAACAUUUCAUUUGUCAGUCUUCCAUUAACGUUACGUGUGGCGCACUUGCAUGUGUGCAGGUAAAUCUUCACCAGCUAUUCCUUCACGCUACAUCUCAGCGCCUAGUGUCGCAAGUUGUUGUUGAGAAGGCAAUGUUUUUCAGUGCCAAGAAGCAGAAACAAACCCCCGUUCAGCAUCUUUGAACUGUCAGUCAAUCAGUUUGAAGAAUCAGAACUUAUCAUAGAAAUAUAACACGGUGUAGGUGUCAACAUUUUCAGAAAGGCUACUCCUAAACUUCAUAGCUAUAUACUAGUUGUCUGAUGUAAUAUCAGUGUAAAAUCGUUCAUCAGGAAUAGUUAAAGAUUACAUUAUUACAUGCUUCUUUAGCCUCCUCCUUGGCUAAACAGGAGUUUUAGAAACCAGUAAAAUUCCCCGAUACAUCCACGUUGAGAAAUUAAAUCAACCUGUUCACCUUCCCGAUCUUUCUUGCACGCUACUUGCCUUCACGCUAGAAAGCUUUGCUUAUCGCUUUUACAUUUCUCUAAUUUGCUACGACUAUUAGGAAAGUCAUUACAUUUAAAGCCUUACCCCACCAAUGCUGAUUCUGUCGCUACAACAGUUUACAAAUAACAAAAGAGUUAUAGUUUCGGACUGCAGUGCGGCAACCAACAACGGUAUACAGUUCUCUUACCAGUACUUAUAACAGAAUAAUACAUCCUGAAUAGAGUUCUUAUUUUUCGUCACCUCUUCUUGACCCCAGUAUCUUUAUGAUCUGUUGAACAUUAAUUGAAGUACUUGUUGCUUCAGACCCUUCAUGGGUAUCAAAUUGCGAGCUUCCAAGCCUUGCGAAUGAGCACAACAGAGCUAUGCGUUGUUCUGCUGACAGCCGAAGUCUCCCACAGAAGUCAUGAAGGCUGGAAAUCUGAAAAACUGCUGGUCAUUUCGUUUUCUAAAGCGCUUCAUCAUAAUGCGUUUCCCAUUGGGGAAAUUGUAUUUAAUAAGAAAAGAAUUUUUAUAAAGCCACUGUAGAACGAAUACCAGGAUGUAGAGGUAGCAUUCCUAGUGACAUUGAAAGUAUUCUUCAAGAUCGUACACUAUCUCAGUAGUUCUUAACUCGUGGAAUUACUAAAACUGCCUUAUUAGUUUUUCUAUAAAUCAAUAUCGUAAUAUCUAAAGAAGGUGACGCAGUCGAAUACUUCACUGAAACAAUAAUAGUUAGUGCCUGGUCUUUUUUCGGUCGGUGAAUUUCUAUUAAAAUGUUAUGUACUCUAUGUACUUCACACAAACUAUUUUCUUCUAGAGCCUUCCUGUGGGCCUCAUCUAAAUAGAAUUUGUAUUUAUUACAUUAAAAAAAGAUCUGUUGUUAUAAGCUUUGCUGUAAAAGCUUUAGCGUAGAACUAUCUUCCAGAAUGCUAAACAUUAGCAGCCACGUUGAAAUACGCUUUCUUCUCAUUAUUGCCAAACACUAAAGAGUUUCUUCAUCAGUAUUUAAAUAUUUAAAACUUAUAAUACGACAGUUCAACUACAACAUUAUUUUUAAUAAUGUUUACAUUAAAAGAGAUCCUGCUUCUUGCUUUUUAAUAACUUUUAUUUCAAAAUAUUUUUGGAGAAUGAGCAUUUUAGAAAGAGUAAUUUGUUUACUGCUUACUACAGUCUUUCUCUACAUAGGAGAACUGUAUGUGAAAGAUUGUUCAUAUCAUGAAUAGUACAACAACAAAUUAUAGUUCAUGUUGAGAAUUCAUAUCACCUACCAUAUCAUGUGAAUUUAGUAGUCCCUGUAGACAUAUCAUGCCUGAUUCUGAGAAAUAACAUUUGUUUCAUUUUAUCGUUGCUCAUUACACCCACUGAAACAUUAUACGCCGUCAACAUACCACUCCAGUGUCAGAAACAUAGGUUUUAUCAAAAAUAAGUAAAUACAGUAGUUUAUGUAAAAAUAUUAUGUUGAUGGAGAUUGUGUAGAUUGUUUCAUCGUAAGAGUACUUCCCUCUUGUUUACCGUAUUGAAAACUAUAAAAACUUUAGAGGCAAACAAACUGACCUUCUUUGCCAUGGUUAUCUGGUAAUCAGUUCUGAAAUAUGUUAUCCGUAAUGUAUGUGGUACAAUAUAUGGUGUGAUAAGAAUCUUACUGCUAAUCAGAAAAAAAUGUGUAUGUUAAAGAUUCCCAGAAAAAUACCAAUAGGGUAAUUAUGUUUGCUUUAGUGUUUAUUGAUUUCUUAGACAGUCUCAACAACUUCUGUUCACAGACUGAAAUCUUAAUAUGGUGUGACUACUUUAGUGAAGAAAGUGAUACAAUAUUUUCAUGUUUCUGAUAAAUGCUGUUGUUGAAAAGGUAAUUCAAGGAACUUCAUGUAACAAGAGACAGACAUUCUGAAACUAUGACUCUGUGUGCAAAAAUAAGCAAACGUGUUUUAUAUACUGUCACUACAUCAUUUGCCGCUGAAAGUGGAAAUGAAGAUAAAAGGAAAAACGUUGUUCUUCUGUUGUGAUACUGACACUAUUCAGAGAAGCUGAAUCAACAUGGGCACCAUUAGAGCUCUACAGGCAAAGUGAAAAAAGCCUGUAAACACACACAUACUGACAGUAGCCGUCCCAGCCCUUUUCGCCAUGUGCCGGAGUUCCACCGCCAUCCGUCGAGGACCAACUGGACCUGCCGGGAACCGGGCAGCACCCGCCAGAAUGAGCUCUGCGUCUAAGUGAUGCACCCCCACAGCGGCCCCCCAUCGAGUUGAUGAUGCUGCUGGCAGGAACCCACAACACUUACCACACCGAGCACCCAACAGUGUAAUAGGCACAUCGCAAAGCGUGAAGCCUUCGGUAUUUUCACAAACGAGCGAGACAGGUAGUGGGCCAUGCCUCCUCGAAACAAUUGUCACCGCGCGGUUUCUAUUGCGGCACUCUUAACAAAUUCAUUCUCAGAUGAUUGAAGGCUUUUUCGGAUUUUGUCGUGUUGUAUGUCGCUCACAUGUUUUGUCUUAUUUUUCGUGCUGCUUACCCCUGGGCAUUACAUUUAUUUGUUUAUCGAGCUUUUUAUCCGUUUCUCGUUUUCCGUAGUAGUCAACGUAUCGAACUGUAAAAUAAAAAAAUUCUACAUGACGAUUAUAUUAUCCAUUUCCUUGCAAAAAUAUAUAUUUGAAAAAUAUAUGCACACCUUAUGGGAUGACGAUUCUGUAAAUGAAGUAAGAGAUUUUCAAGCUGCGCUGUAUAAUUUGUGACCCUGUUACGUCAUGCAGUACUGAUCCUGUUAAAAUCUCUUUUUUUUUUAACUCUGCUUUGGUAACUGUCGUUCGUAGUCUCAGAAACGAUUAAGAUGUAAGUUUCACAGAAGGAAAGCGCACAGAUAGUAUCACUGAACAGACACCACGAUCCACUUAGUCACUCAUCUCAUAAGUAAUUUAUAAUAAUCCUUCAGGAGAUCGUCUUGAAGACCUUUGCUGUAGACAAUAAUAUACAUUGACAAUAGCUUUUCCAGUUUUACGACGUUGUUGUUCAAGUGUCGACAGUUGUUGACAUAGGUCCUUUCUUCGUGGCGAUUAUCACCAGGACCGCAUGAUUUACUAAUGUAGCUCUAUUUUCAUUCUUAGCGAAUGCGCAAGUUUUAUUACUAAAAUUAGGACUAUAGACUAGAUUUUUGCAUUUCUUCUACUUUCUCAUUAUUGAGUGACAAUCUGAUUUCAGUGAUGUUGUUUGAUGUCUUCACUCUACCUAGUCCUUUCAGAAAGCCGUGCUAUAUAUGCCGUUUACAUUGUGCUCCUCACCAAACUAACUGUGCUAAGUUCAAGACAAGAAGAACUCCAUUUCAGUUAGGUAGAUCUAUCAUCAGGACCUCUUCCUGUUUCUAGAACCUCUCAAACUAACUGCCAAAAUCUUCUUAGAUUUUCUGCAUUAGAAAAUGAUGUAUACAGAGGUAUUAACGUAAUAUGCAUAUUUUCAGUUUAGUUUUUAUAAGCUGAAUGAAAGUGAAAUAUAUGAAUUCAAGCAUCGUGAAUGACACCACUGACGCCUUUACGUCAAAUCGCACAAGUUCCAGUUGCCUGUCAACACGCGGCGUCUCUCAUGGUAACCUCUUCACGUUGAUUGUUUCCUUCACCAAAACACAACUCUCUUAAAGCACUGGUAGACGAUGUACUCAAAUCAUCCACGAUAGCUGCCAGAAUACUACCGAUAUGACAGACCAUAUACAGCAUGUUUCUCUUCAUGUGCGCUGUAACACCAGAAACAGAGAUACAUUAAGCUGGGUUAUCUACUCUUUUAAAAACAAGUGCACUUAGUAACACUAUAGUAACAAUCUUAUCGAGACAAUAAGAACACACAGAAAAACUAUUUCCUUCAAUGAUCACCUUUAUUCUCACCAAGCACGGAUAAUGACUGCACAAAGCGGCACCAGUAGCAUUGUGACUCAAAGCAUCGUUGUUCGAUUGAGGCUGCUUUUAUGACAGUGCCAAAUGGAGAAUCAGCUGAGUGACCCGGGUGGUCCCCAGGGGUAAGCGGCACUUAGUCCUCGAAACUAUCGCUUGGUUUUGAUCACUCCUAGCCGCGCGGUUGACCAAUACUGCAGAAAUUUCGAAGAUGAGGAGCAUGUUGAAUAAAAUAAGAAGUUAUCCGUUUGUAAAUAAAUGCAGAUGAAUUUAAAACUUCUAAUUGGUACGCACGUUUGUCAACAUUUUCUGCCACAGAAACUAUGUAAGUAUGGAACAAUAUAAUAUGCUCGGGUACUCGCUGUCUUUCAUGAACAAUAAAUAGAGAAUAGUUUCCACAUACGUGGAUCUGUUUCUACCACAUGUGUCGAAUGAUAGGACUAAUUCCGUUAUAAUGGAAAUAAAAACAAAGGAACAUAAGGCGAACAUUUGACCACCAUUACUAUGGCGAAUGUCAUGCCCUUUGAGGCAUUAUGUACCUGUAUUACAGACUCCUGCACUACAUACCGCCGUGAACUAGUGAGUCGGUUCAUACAUAUGUCGAUAAUUGUUUAACUGUGGAGAAGAUUCAGCAGUUUCCUUUCUGCAGACUCUGUUAUAAUUACUGGGGAAGUGUGUUGCAAUUGAUAAAUAUGUAGCUCUAACUAAAAUUAAACAAUGGACUUGAAAAAUUUAUCUCUCGCUGUUUGAUAUGACGUAAGCAUAUAACCAAAUGUUUGCAUUAUGAGUUAUUUUACAAAUGAGGAGGGAUUUUUUUGUUGUUAUUGUUGUUGUAUUGCUUCUAACAGAAGGUAAAGUGUUAAUAAAUUGAGUACCCUCCCACAUAUCACUGAAUGUACGUAGCUUCGAUGGAAGCUAAGGAAGACACAAUUUAAGCUAUGUCAGCUUCAGAACAUUAAACUUUGCAAACAAAGCUACAUUCUGUUUAACGAGUAUGUCGGUAAUUAUUUAAAGAAAUGAUGUAAUAUUUUCAACCUUAACAAAGCAGUACUUUAUUUUAUUAAUCUUCUAAGCGUAAUUUAAUAUGUAAAUUAUGGUAGUCUCUAAAGUAAAGAAUUUAUUUUUUGUUUGUUGAAACAGAAUAGACAAUUUAUUUGAGAGAAGUGUAUCUAUUAGAAGUAUCUUAGUGUUCUGUGUACUGCAAAAGGCGUGUUUCGUUUGUAAAAAGUUAACCUCGUGGCUUUUUGAAAUGUGUAUCUGAGUAGCAACUUUGGUAAUCAUGUGAGAACUGUGAAGUUUCAUAGACUGUAACAUGUUGUGAAUUAUCAUUUCGACUUUGCCUUACAAAAACUGCUGAUCCCUUGGUAUUUUAUACAUGCGUUUGUACAUACAAAGAAUUAAGCAAAAUUUUAUUUGAGUAAAAGUGUAGCAAAAUGUUCCUACUGUCUGUUGUAUAUGUGUGCAUAACAUCGCUUCAUUACGAGAAUGAUUGUAAAUUAUGUUACAUCUGAUGUUGAGAUACUGAUAAGAACAAUUUCAAAUAUAUAUAUAUACAUAUGUAUAAAAUCUUCCAUCUUCAACGCCAGCCACCGAGAAGAAUCGUUAUAUUGUCCACAGAAAGUAUUAUGAUAAGAAAACUACAAAAUCUCUCAUUUGUUUAAGGAUAUUGUUAUUGUUUACUUAAAGAUACAAAUGAGUCUUGCUUGGUAACAAAGCUUUAAAAUGGUGCUAGUCUGCACAUUGUAAACAGUUUCCGUUGGUUGACACCUUGUUUUUCGACUCCCGAGUCUCUGUUCGAGUCUGGCUGCCGGCCCCCCGCCGGGUGCGGACCGCCUGUCGCCGCUGCGGUUCGCCCCGCGCGGACACGCUUCUCACCACCCAACACUCGUCUCGGCACUAACAGUACCUCACACUUUACAUUUACUGUGUUCAGUUACUUUCAUUUGUACGAGAUGUCUGUACUAUUUAAUGGAAUAAAAUGCCAUUUUCUUAGAU